CGCAAUGCUCGUUGUGCUGAUAACGGGUUAGUCUGAGUGGAGCCCCAGUUCCCAUUCGCGGGGUUCCGACAUAGGUCAGCGGGUGUCCGACUCCAUAUUCUUAGUAGCCGAUCCAUAUAGUUGUUAGGUCCGUUCGACCAGUUCCGAUGGCUCGUUGCCUUUCUUUGGAGAAAAACCAUGGAUCAGUGCAAGUCGAGACUCGAACACGGGUCGGGAUGCCUGUGGCGCUUGUGCGCCUGGGUGUUAGCCACUAGCAAGCCCAUCUGUUCUAGCCCCUCACUCUUGUUGUCGGCUCAGUGGCUGUCGAACCUUUCAAUGGGCCAUCCUUUGAACCCUUGGCCUUAAUGGGCCAUAGGGGCGUAUACAGCCCCGUAUCCCAAACGGGCCCUUACCUGCGGUGGUUGCUGCCCGAGUAGUCGAAGCACAGGUGCAGUCUUCGAGGACUUGCAUCAGCUGGCGACGGCGACCAUUGUUCUGCCGUAUUUAAAUCUGAUGUGAAUAGGGAGGGUGGGGAUUUGUACCUUUGGUUCGAUCCAUCGUUCGUCGCUCGGUUGUUUCAGCAGGAAAUGGAAUGGGCACGUGGUGCAGGGAUCGGGCAGCUGCAGGUUGCGAAGCGCCAGGAACCGGUUAUAAAUACCUCCACCGUCCCAGCCGAGUGCUUUCACCUGCACAGACUAACUCAUUUCCCCUACGAGAGAAGAAGAGAAGAGGUAAGGAGGGAGGGGUUCCCCGCAUUUGCCCUUCUCCCUGUUUCAUCUAGAUGGCCGGGGCAGAAAUGUCCAUCGGACGAGGCUUCUAGUGUGCCGCUGCGCGGGCCGCCAAGCCUCCAUGAGGUCUUGCACCGCCAGGGGGCUGCCACCACGGGUCCCCAUCACUGGAUCGCUGCACGUGGAGUGGCCGAGGAGCCUUCCGCAGCCGCGGCAGCAGCGUCGCCGGGGUCAUCGGCGGCGUUGCUUGGGUCGUCCUAUUCCACGGUGUCUGAUCAGGCCCAGCACCAGGAGAUACGGGAGCUGGUGUGGGAGGCCUCUGAAACCCAGGGCCGGUACUCCAACGCGACGCGAGAGGUGGGAUGGCUGCAGUCUAACCUCGCUGCCAUUGAAGCCGCCCUCCACGCCUCGGUGGAGGAGAUAGCGACAACCCAGGUGGAGGCUACAGAUGCCCAUGCCCAGACGGCAGGUCUGGAGGAUGAGCUAGCCAUCUCCCAUCACGAGACAGAGGGGCUGCACCGCUGCCUGAAUGACCUCGAUGAUGCGGUAGGGAUAGUGGGGUCGGAGGGGCCACUGCUGCCUGACCGCCUCCGGUCCCUACCCCUCCAGGUCGAGCGCGUGCUGGAGCUCGGCAUUCGCAAGGGUGCCGCCCUGGCACUGGCCUCAACGCAGCUUCAGUCCGGCUGGGACAUGCAUUGGCCGGAGUCCGGGUUUCCUGCAGGGCCACGCUUCUGGAGAGGUGCGAACCCAGACGAAGUUGUCAUCUAGCGGGCCCUUGUGCUUAAUGUAUCGGCAGUUGCGCAUCUUACCCUAGGGGCCUUCGGCGCCGUUGACGGCCGGCAAGGUCCUGAGGUUGUUGUGGCGGCGGUCGCUACACUGGGUUGACCUAUAAUUAUUUUUUUUGGAUAUCUUCCAUGCUUGUGCCAAAGAUAUUUUAUGCUUUGUUAAUCCUCUGUCCCGACCCAUCGUGGUCGAUGGGAUUUUUAUUCA